AUGCCUGAACGUUCUUCCAUAGGAUGUACCAACGAUGAUCUGGCCUUGACUGAUCGUGAUCUAUUCUCUUUGUACCUCAGAUAUCCAGAGAUGGAGCAAUUAGAUGUCAAUCUUGAAGGUGGAGACUAUGCAGAACCACUACUCGCUUCCAUCACUGCUAGCUCACCCGAUUCAUCACCACAAUCAGCACAACUCGACAGCUCGCCACCAUCUAACUCAACCUACUACGAAUCUCCCGCAAGCUCGCCUCUUGGUCCGUCAGACAGCAUUCCAUUUCCUGAUCUUGCGAUCGCUGCGAACGAUGGAGAAGUGGAGGAGCUCAGCGUACACUUUGAUCUCACUCGGAGGUCACAUGAGAUACCAGAACGUGCGGCAGAACUGUUUACAGAGAUCAAGUCUGCCAUCUUAAGUAUGGGUUCGAUCUUAUUCACUACCACCGGAGAGGUCUCGACCGAGCCCGAAAAUCUCUGGCACAUCAACUCCAUUGCAGACUGGUUGAUCUCUGUGUUGAGCCGGGCCGGGAUCGCAGUUGACAUGGAGAUUGAUGAUAUUCAAACUAUUCUCCAACUUGCUCCUUUCACGAUCCGGCCAGCACUGAAGGAUCUGUGGACAAAUUACAAGCAGAUGGCUGAACUCAUCAUCGAUUGUACCACAAUGCCUUCGCAAUUGGAGCUCGAUCUGUGGGAUCAGCUGUGUCAUAUUUAUGAUGCAUGCGUGUACCGACCGUUCCUGGCUAUUCCUCGCUCACAGGGCUACAAUGAGGCGCUUCUCGAAAAGCUGGACAUGCUGUAUAACACCAUCAUGACCCAUGCCACAAGAUACAAGAAAUGGAUGGUGGCGAUGAAACGAGUGGGGAAUGAUUUUACUAAGCCGACAAUGCGAAGGAUUCUGCAGUCGCCAGAGGUCAUGAAGGGUAUACUUGAAUUCGAGGGGCAGUUGGAAGUGGCCGCACAAUCGGUCGUGCAACUGGAGAUUGCCACAAGAGAGGUAUUGGCAACGCUUACUGCAAAGGAUCGGCGGGAACAACAGCAGUCUUCGAAGCAUCAACCUUCUGCCCUACACCGCGGAUUUGCUUCUAUAUCUUAG